CAAAAUGUUGAAUCAAUUUGUAUGAUUUGUGAACAGGACUUUGCAGGUGAUCAACGACACCACAAUCCCAAGGAGAAAGUGAAGAAGAACCCCGAGUUGAGACAGGAAGGGAAGAGACAAACUGGUAUGCAGAGUACUCAGAAAUGGGUCCCGAGAACACACUCCCAGACUAGCGAAAGCAAUAAGGGAACCAGAAACCCUGAGAAAUCAGUGGAGGCGCAACUGCGAAGUGGAGGAAAUACUGAUACACAUAAGUUGCCUACAGGGGAGAAUCGAAAUGUGCUGGCCGACCCGGAAAGAGCUAGUUCGAUGCCAAACAGAACCCAAGGACUAAGCAAGAUGGUGGGCAAGGAACGCAUUCAUAAUGCAGGAGGAGGAGCGGCCAAACCCGCUGGCUUACCUCUAGACAAAGCUACUAUGGUAGACGAGAAUCAUCUAGGAGCAUUGGAAGGGGAUGCUUUCGUGAAGUCUAAGAAUAUUGCAGGAGAGGAGCCAUGUUUGGCUCCUUCUGUAGUCUACAACUAGUUUGGAAGGAAGGGACACCCUGGUUAUCUCCAUCGUGUGUUUAAUGGAUCAGAAGUUAUUUGUAUGGAAUAGCAGGGGAGCAGGAAGUAAACGCUUCUUGCGUGUGUUUAGAGAAUACAAGAGACGGUACCAACCGGGUAUUGUGGUGAUUGUAGAGCCGCGAAUCAGUGGAGUCAAAGUAGCGGAGGUUAUUAACAAAAUGGGUUUCGACAAGGAAUUAGUAGUUGAGGCAGUGGGGUUUUCUAGUGGGAUUUGGUUAUUAUGGGACUCGGCAACAACAACCAUUACUGAAGUGUCUCGUUCUUCUCAACUUCUCCAUGUGGACAGGGGCGGACCCAAGGGGGUUUAGGGGUGUCCCCGGACACCCCUAAAUUUUGGGAAAACGAUUAUCCAACCCCUGGUAAUAAUUUACGUAUGGACAA